AUGUCGUCGAGUGAUGCAGACGUGACAAAUGCUAUCCAAAUGAAAUUACAGCAGAACGGAGAGUGGGAUAGGAUAUACGUAGAGUUAUCUGAUCAACUUAACGAACUUGGAUGGAUCGACGACCUCUACGACACGGCCAAAGAACGCUCUCGAGACGACAAGACCAAUCUGCAACGCCUCCUUGAGGAUCUAAAGCCCACGGCAGGAAUGAAGGCGUUGCGUAUGUGCGGUCUCCUCACCUUACUUGGCCUUUACCACGACUUUCAUUUCUCCCGACCGCGUCCUCCUGUCCCUACAAACGGCCUAGUACACGAAAUCAUAAUACAGGCAGUUCACGACGACGAUCCGGUGUCUCAGCCGACACCCUCGUCGACUUUACCAGACACGUCGGCAGCGAGUGGAUCGUCUAGUGCCGUCAGCUCACAAAAGGCGACGCAUACACGCCAAAGGACAAUCUCAAGGGACUUGAAAUCUGACAUUCAAUCGCUAGAACACGAAGAUUGGUCGCCGACAAGCGGAAUGCGGGCCAAUAAACCCAGUAUUCUUCCACGCAUCUCCACUGGCCCAAGCGGUGGCUCUUCAUAUGCCUAUGCGUAUGAAGCACUGAACGGAGGGAGCGGAAAUCCUGUACAAAACGGAUGGAGGACACUUUGGGCGUGGAGACGAUUCGCGCUCGGCGGAUUUUUACUCCUCACACUAGCCUGGCUAGGCUUUGGCAGUUGGAUGGCGUCUCCCAUGGAUAAUGGUGAUUCACUAUCAACGGAGAAUGGCUUUAAUAUUCCCAAACCCGUCGACGACACCCACCCUCAGCCGCAUCCGCACACACCUGCACGGCCCCCUGCCCUUGACAAACCUCGGCCAGUCCUCACCUUUGAAAAGGAUCCCAACCCAGCUUCCACGGAACAAUGCUCGACUCCAUACGUGUCGCCAGAUGGAACCAAGAAACCGCUCGUACAAUGGGCAUUGAUGAUCGACGCUGGCUCAACUGGCUCUAGGAUUCACGUCUACAAGUUCAACAACUGCUAUGCAUCACCGACCUUUGAGUACGAGGUCUUUAUGCAGACCCGCCCAGGUCUUUCCUCUUACGCAUCCGACGCUACGCGGGCGGCAAAGAGCUUAGACCCUUUGAUGAAAAAGGCGGAAGCAGUCGUACCCAAGAGUCUGUGGAAGUGCACUCCGGUCGCCGUCAAAGCCACUGCCGGUCUGAGGUUGCUUGGCACGACUGAAAGCAAUGCCAUUCUUCAUGCAGUAAAACAUCACCUUUCCACCGCCUACAGUUUCCCCGUCGUCUCCAAGGAUGGGGUUGUCAUUAUGGACGGUAAAGACGAGGGAGUGUAUGCAUGGAUCACUGCAAACUAUCUCUUGGGCACGCUUCCAUCCGCCCAGGCGAGCUCUUCUAAUGCCCGAACCACUCCAUACGCAGUCCUUGAUCUAGGCGGCGCGUCCACUCAGAUCGUCUUCAAGCCCUUCUUUGACAGGGAUGGGGAUGGUAUUGACGACGAAAAGGGUCUAGAAGAUGGAGAACACAAAUACGACCUUCAUUUUGGUGGCGCGACGCAUGUGCUCUACCAGCACUCGUAUCUUGGUUAUGGGCUCAUGAGAGCACGAGCUGGAGUGCAUCGCGUUGUCGAGUUUAUGAGCUCGUAUGCGACAGCCUCCUCUCGACAAAAGCCUCCGAGUCUGGGUGGAGGUCCAGACGACGAUGAAGAUGGCUUUGACGCGGGAGUCGACGUGGUUGCAAAUCCCUGUAUCGCUCGCACCAUGAAGCGAAGAGUGGAAGUCGACAUCGGAAGGGAUGGCGCAGCCAUCCUCAAGAAUGUGACCAUGACUGGUGGAGAUAUCGGGGGUUGGGCUGCCUGCAACCGAGUUCUCGAGUUGGUUCUGGCAAAGGACGCUGUCUGCCAUCUAAAGCCCUGUUCCUUUAAUGGCGUCUACCAACCAUCCCUGCUCGACUCCUUUUCAGACGGACCGGUUCUACUCCUCUCGUAUUUCUACGAUCGCAUUGCACCGCUAUUGGCGCCCCCUUCCUCCACAUCCUCAGUUGACCUGACCGAGGAUGUCGUAUUCCCCAUCUCGGUGAUAAAAAAUCUCGCACGAGCCGUUUGUGAGGGUCCCUCGACGUGGACUCAGCACGCGUUUCCGCACCAAUCGCAUGAACCUGGCGCCCCAAAGCGAUGGGGGGAAUCCGAAGCGGUCAUGGCCGAACUCGCAGAUAGGCCAGAGUACUGUUUGGAUCUCUCCUUCAUGUACGCGCUGUUACGACUUGGAUACGAGUUUGGCGAGGAACGCGGUGUGAGGAUCGGGAAACAGGUCAAAGGUACUGAGCUCGGCUGGUGCUUGGGCGCCACUCUUGGCUUGUUAGGUAGCGCAGACUUUGAGUGUAGAGCAUAG